CACCAUCAGAUAACUCUUACUGCGCCUCGCAGGUCAAGUAAUUCAAGAUGGCUCAAAACAGUAUGUACUCGUCCGGCCAGUUUAUGAACCCGGGCCCUGCGCCUCGGCCUCCCACCGAUCGGCCGCGUUUGAACCUAACGCCCAAUGCCAACCUUCCAGGAAGCAUGGCCAACAUGGCUAUUUCCCCCAUUCGAAGUACGGCAACCUCGACGUACACCGGCUCAACCAUCUCGCUUCCGAUCGCCCGCCAACAGUCCAACAAUACCGAUGGUCUGGGUGGAGUCGCUGUCAAGAAGGAGGGUUGGGCGUCGGUCAAGGAGAGCAAGAAUUUUAUCCAACCCUGGAAGCAGAAGUACCUAAUUCUUCGCAAAGAGUCGCUCGAUUUUCACAAGACCGAGGGCGGUAAGGUUUCGUACACACUUUAUCUGAGGGAUGUAGUCAACGUCGGACGAGUCGAAGCCGCCGGUACCAUCUUCGAGAUCAAGCGCAAACCAGAUGGUUCGUCCAACAGCCCCGGCGACGACGACGGUCAAACCAAAACCCUGCAAAUCAAGGUAAAGAGUGACGAUGACUUAUAUGAGUGGAUCGACUUUAUCUACGGCGCUUGCCCAGGCAUGGGCGGAGUCAGCAAUCCUACUAACUUUUCUCACGCCGUGCAUGUUGGUUUCGAUCCAAAGACUGGUGAAUUCGUCGGUUUGCCACCGGAGUGGUCGAAACUUCUCAACUCAUCAGCCAUCACUAAAGAAGAUUAUGAGCGCAACCCUCAAGCUGUCUUCGAGGUUCUGGACUUUUACACCGAUCUUGCCAAAAGGGCUGAGAAUCCCAAUCAAUAUCCCAACCUGACGCCAACUCCUCCUACCCAGAACCAGCCCAACAAACAGCUGGGAUAUGGCAGUGGUGCCUCUGUGGCGCCUCCUCGACCUGCGCCGCCAGCCGCUUCUCAGCGCCCAGGUUACAACCCUUCUCCUGUCCAACCCAACCCCAAUGCUCCGCGUCGCCCUGCCCGCCCUGAUGAACGCCCUGCCCAGCAGGAUCAGCAGCAACAGUACCAGCAGCGCCAGCAGAUGCAACAGAUGUCCCCUAAUUACGUUUCUCAGGAUGCUCUGAGAGAGGAGCAGCGUAAGAAGCAGCUGGAGGCUCAGAGGCAGCGAGAGCGUGAAAUUGAGGAGCAGAACAGGCGCGACCUCGAAGCCUACAACGCUUCUCUUCCCAAAACCAAGGUUCCGCUUGCCCAGCAGGAAAUCGGUGGUGGUGGCUAUAGCUCAUCACCUUCUCCCCAGCCCAAUCGCUACAAUCCAACACGAGCAGCUCCACCUGCACCGAAGGCCUCGCAACAGCAGAGCAAUCUGCAGGCGCAGCGGCCUGCUCCUUCACCUCCUACCUCCUCUCAGCGGCCUCCUCUAGCCUCCCAGCCUAGCUCCAGUACUUUAAGGGAUCCUAGUCAGGCGCAGCGAACUCCUCGCGCCGACAACGCCGCACCUCGUUAUGCCAAUGGAAACCAGGCUUCACAACCUCGACAGCCGCAGCAACAGACUCAAGCAUCGCGCUUGCCAGCUCCCGUCAAGCCCCUGAAUGUUGCACCCAAGCCCAGUCAGCCCCAGCAGCAGGCUGAUGGCGUUAAGGCCGCCGAAGCUGCUCUAACUGCCAAGCCAUCGCCUUCGGAGCGUAAGCAGGAUGUCAGAAUGUCUACUAUGUCCGAAAGUGAGGUUAUGGCCAAGCUUAAGGAAGCCGUUUCGAAGGACGACCCAAACAUUCCUAUUCCAAGCAGAAGAAGAUCGGACAGGGUGCAUCAGGGUCUGUCUACGUUGCUAAGAUUAAGGAGACAGCUGUGGGCAUCGCCCGUGAUAUUCUGCGUGCCCAGGGUCCUCGGGCCCAGGUUGCCAUCAAACAAAUGGACCUCGCUCACCAACCUAGGAAGGAGCUCAUCGUGA